AUGAGCUUGCCACGAUCAGUUCUGCGCACAGCGCUUCAAGCGCGAGUAGGCGCCUCAUCCGGCUCUCAAUUUCUUGCCUCUCGUCUGGCCCCUCCCGCAAGCACUUCACAGUCUUCAGCCUCAUCUCUUCUCUCUCGUCGAUCGAUGAGCACAUCCAGAAUCGCGUGGCAAGCUGUUCCCAAGCAGGAGACGGGACCAACAAUCAUACCCGGAGACCCAAUCGUUGCUGAUCCAGCUGCUAAGCGGGAGGCCAUCGGCAACGCUGCUUCGUACGCUAAUCCCUACGCAAAAGGUCCCAGCGCCAUCGACAAGGCUGCGCACUUGUUCUUCUUCACCGAAAUUCUUCGAGGUGAGUGGUGUACCAUUACGAGCGCGAAGCAUAUAGAAUGUGCCAAGGGCAUGAGCAUGCUCGUGGCGUACGACUUCACCAUGAUGCUCCCGGUCGCCUUCAAAAUCAGCGUCCCCGCGUUUGCCCGCGAUGCCCGUUCUCGCUGCCAAAAGACUCGAGAGAAAAUCGAAACUUACGCGGGAUCCCCUUUCUUCUUGCGUGCAGGCAUGUGGAUCGUCUUGGAAAACUUCUUCAGACCACCCUACACGAUCAUGUACCCUUUCGAAGCCGGACCCUUGUCUCCUAGAUUCCGUGGCGAGCACGCGUUGAGGAGGUACCCUACAGGAGAGGAGAGGUGUAUUGGUGAGUACAUCAGCAUGUCGAGACAAGCACAUCGAGACUGAGUGUCGAUCUGUUCUGCAAAUUGCCACACAGCAUGCAAGCUUUGUGAAGCCAUUUGCCCUGCGCAGGCCAUCACCAUCGAAGCCGAGCCUAGAGAAGACGGCGCUCGUCGUACCACAAGAUAUGGUGCGUGUGGCGACUUGUACCUUUUCUGACGCAACGUCGCUCUCAAAGCUGAUCGUAUUGCCAUUGCUUCAUGCAAUUUGUCUCGAUUGCAGAUAUCGACAUGACGAAGUGCAUUUACUGUGGUUAUUGCGUCGAGGCUUGCCCCGUCGAUGCGAUUGUUGAGACGCAAAACGCAGAAUUUGCUACCGAGUGGCGAGAGGAGCUGCUGUACAAUAAGGAAAAAUUGCUGGCCAACGGGGACAGAUCGGAGGCGGAGUACGCUGCCAACUUGCGUCAGGACCACCUUUACCGCUGA